GAAGAAGCAAGCAGCAAGUGGAUAACAUAUAUAAAGGAGAGGCCAAGAACCACAAACUCAACCACCUUCACUCGCAAAACAUGGUGGUUUUAAAGUCCACUUCACCACUCUCAUCUCUCACUUCCCACUUCUUUAACCUUUCUUCCUCCUCCUCCUCCUCCUCCAAAUUCACCUCCCCACACUCUCUCCGCCGCCGCCACUUCCACCAUGUCCACUCCACUUCAAGAGUUGCGCAAUUCACUAUCAGAGCCUACAUGGAGAACCCCAACACAUUAGGCAGUUUCGCCAACAGGGUCAUUGGUGCACUCCCCGUGGUGGGACUCAUUGCCAGGAUCCUGAGUGAUGAAGGUGGCGUUGGAGAUGACCUCGUGGAUUUUGCUGAGUUCAGAAGGCGCGUUGGAAAGAAGUGCUCCGAAACUGAUUCCACUGCCUUUUAUGAGUUCCAAGACCGACGAGGAAAGGCAGGGGAUCCUCUCUAUGUUCUGUUAUGCUGUUGGCUAGCAGCCAUUGGUGCAGGUCUUCUCAAAACCGAGGAUAUUCUGGAAGGGGUGGCUCGGCUCCGGAUCUCCAAUGACAUUGAAUUUGAGGAGCAGAGUUUCAUGGCUUCGAUGAAUGAGUCAAAGGAGAGACGGGCAAGGCAAAACGCUGAUCCUCCUGCUGUCCCAAUGGAGAUUCGAGCUGGGAAGGCUCUUGAUGCUAUCUAUGUGUGUUGCUUUGGAAAGGACUCCAUAGAGGAAGAAGACAAGAGACUGUUGACUGCAAUGCUUGGCGCUGUUUUCGCAUCAGUUCAACGCGAAGAGAUCCGGCGCCUUGUCAAAGACAAGGCAGAGAAAGUAGCAGCAGGAGUUGAUGAUGAAUAUGUUUCAGAACUCAAGCCUCUAUCAAAAGAAGCUGUGGAACUACAAAUGAAAGACCUUCAGUUCCUUCAACAAAAUAGUGAGACUUAACUAGGUGAAGCCUGUGAUUUCCACUACACAGUGAUGCAUUGAAUGAAAUUAUAUUUUGUGAACUAAGCCGAUUUAGCCUUUGGGGGCUACUCAAAGAAAAAAGACAGUCAUCAUAGAUCACACUAUUAUUUUUCAGAUACAUGUUGAAAUGUGGGGUCAUGACUUUUCUGAAAAUGCAGAAAUUUCAUGUAACUUAUGUUAGCAUUAUAAAUGGACAAGUAAAGCAUGUCUCCAAUGCCAUUUUAUUAUUUAAACUCUUGAAGUGAUCUAGUUCUUUCCUUCA